AUGAAUAGGAACGAGUGGUACACAGGUAGUGGCACUGUUGCUGUCUUCAUUUCACUUGGCCAUCUGAAGGCUUUUGCUGGAAGUCUGGGCAUGAGCAGAAAGAGCAAAAUAGACUUUCGGAACAGUUCUGUGCGCAAUGGGUUCCAGUCGGAAUCUUUUGAGGUGUGCCAGGGCGGCUGGUACGGCGCGGGCUGCGCGCUGCGGUGCGGCCAGUGCGUGGGCGGCUGCGACCCCUACACCGGCGAGUGCCUGCAGGGCUGCCUGCCGGGCUUCGUCGGCGCCUCCUGCCAGCAAGAGCUGGUGCACCUGGUGUCGGCGCCCAACGUGUCGUCCGUGACGGCGCACUCCGUGUCGGGCUGGGUGCGCCUGGAGGGCAACACGGCGGGCGGCGGCGAGGCGCGCCACCUGGCGCUGCAGUACCGCGUCCCCGGCGGCCCCUGGACGGCCGGGCCCGUGCUGCCGCCGUCCUCCGCGGCCUUCUCGCUGGACGGGCUGCCGGCCGACGCCGUGCUCGCACCAAUAUGUCUCAUGCUGCCACUUUAG